UAUGCCAUCGGCGGCGCUCCCUACCAGAUCACCGGCUGUGCUCUGGGCUUCUUCCUCCAGAUCUACCUGCUGGAUGUGGCACAGCUGGAUCCUUUCUAUGCCUCCAUCAUCCUGUUCGUGGGCCGAGCAUGGGAUGCCGUCACAGACCCCAUGGUGGGCUUCUUCAUCAGUAAGACCUCCUGGACGCGCUUUGGACGCCUCAUGCCCUGGAUCAUCUUCUCCACACCAUUUGCCGUGAUCUCCUACUUUCUGAUAUGGUUUGUGCCGGACGUCUCCAGCGGUCAAAUGAUGUGGUAUCUUCUCUUCUACUGCAUGUUCCAGACCCUUGUGACGUGCUUCCAUGUCCCCUACUCAGCGCUGACCAUGUUCAUCAGCCAGGAACAGAGCGAACGGGACUCUGCCACUGCCUAUCGUAUGACCGUGGAGGUUUUGGGCACAGUGCUGGGCACAGCCAUCCAGGGGCAGAUUGUGGGCAAGGUGGACACCCCAUGCAUCCACAGCGAAGAAAAGGCUGGGAUCAACUCCUCAGUGGCCAUGGAAGAGGUGAACACGACCCACGACACUGGCUCACUCACGGACACGAAGAACGCGUACAUGAUCGCAGCCGGCGUCAUUGGCGGGAUCUACAUCCUGUGUGCCGUGAUCCUAUCGCUGGGCGUGCGGGAGCAGCGAGCCUCUGAGCUUGAGUCGGAUGAGCCCGUCUCCUUCUUCCAGGGGCUGAAGCUGGUAAUGAACCACGGUGCCUACAUCAAGUUGAUUACUGGCUUCCUCUUCACCUCUCUGGCCUUCAUGCUGCUGGAAGGGAACUUUGCCCUGUUCUGCACGUACACCCUGGGCUUCCGCAACGACUUCCAGAACAUCCUCCUGGCCAUCAUGCUCUCGGCCACCUUGACCAUCCCUCUCUGGCAGUGGUUCCUCACGUGCUUUGGGAAGAAGACGGCCGUCUAUGUGGGGAUCUCGUCUGCCAUCCCCUUCCUCAUCCUGGUGGUCGUCAUAGAGAGCAACCUCAUCAUCACCUACCUUGCAGCCAUUGCAGCUGGGAUCAGCGUUGCUGCUGCUUUCCUCUUGCCCUGGUCCAUGCUGCCGGAUGUCAUCGAUGACUUCAAUCUCCAGCACCCUGACUCCCGUGGCCAUGAAGCAAUUUUCUUCUCCUUUUACGUCUUCUUCACCAAGUUUGCCUCCGGCGUGUCUCUGGGAGUCUCCACGCUCAGUUUAGACUUUGCAGGGUACCAAACCCGGGGCUGCUCCCAGCCUGAGGCGGUGCACACCACACUGAGGAUACUGGUAUCGGCAGCCCCAGUGGCCCUCAUCCUCCUGGGCCUGCUCCUCUUCAAGCUGUACCCCAUCGAUGAGAAGAAGCGGAGGGAGAACAAGAAAGCUCUGCAAGAGUUAAGCAGGGAGGAGAGCAACAGCAGCUCAGAGUCGGACUCCACAGAACUCGCCAACAUCGUGUGACCCCAGCUCCCCUCCGUGCACUGUUUCUGCAGCGGGCUCUCUCAGGGCUGGCCCCCCUCUGGGACUGGACUGAGCUGAUGCUGAUGUAGCACAUGUUACCCCAGCCUCGGGAAGUACCGGUGCCAUGCAGGGCUCUGCAGAGCACCUGCAGCCAACAGGAAGGAGGAUCUGCAGGGCGCUGAUCUUGUGCCUUAUGGGAGAUGCAUUGGUUGCCAAUAGAGUGCAUAACACAGGAUCUCCUCCAGACUCUACUAAUGCGCUUCCUAGCAAACAAGCAUUAAGCAAAAUCAAGAGGGUUCUGGCUUGUAACAUGCACUAGAGUUGUGCCUACUGCCUGUCUCGCAUUCAUGUACCAGGUCCCAUGAGCACGGAUGCGGGUACUCUUUCUCUCUGGAUCACUAUGGACGUGCUGCUUGGUGUAUGUUACACUGUCCACGGGAAGGUGCCAAAGGCAAACUCGCCCGUACUGUCUGUAAAUAUGACACUAAUUUAGGAAGAGCCAUUUUUUUAUAAAGAGCCUAAUUAAUUAACUUAAGGAUGUUGUAUAUAGAAGAAAAACUUGGUUUUGUUCCUAUUUGUAUAUGUCUGUAUAGAAACCAAAUGAGCUAUUAAUAUUAAUUUCCAUAAAAGGGGGGCAAUGUCACCUA